AUGGCGGUGCAAUGGCUUAGUUUUAAAGGCAGGGUUUAUCAGGUAAUCCAGGAUAACUCAAUCAGAAUGAAGGGCCAUGUGUAUAACAAUGUGGAGGAUUUACGCAUCUUAAAUUAUUUUAAGGUGCAGCAUAGACCAUGCAAAAUUUCCACUCCAAUUGAGGUUAGUUGGUCUCCUCCUAACCAAUAUGAAAUCAUGAUUUGUUGUGAUGGUACUUCACUUGGAAAUCCAGGCCAGGCUGGUGCUGGUGUUACUUUUUGUGAUGCCAAUGCAGCAGUUCUCGGAGUUCUUUGUGCUGGCCUUGGUUGGAAGACUAAUUAUUAUGUGGAAGUGUGUGAUGUUAUUUAUGCUGUGAUGCUAGCCAAGAGGUGGAACGUGAGAAAUAUUUGUGUUCAAUCAGACUCUAUGAGUUGUAUUCAAGCUUUUCAAAAGGGUGAGUUACCAUGGAUGCUGGUGCAGAAGUGGAGACUUGCAAAGAACUUUUACAACAAUAUACACUAUAUUCAUAGCUAUAGAGAGGCUAAUUUUUCAGCUGAUGCUUUGGCCAAGCAAGCUUGUUUGCUGGUCGAAGAUAUUUUUGAGUUUUAUGAGGGUAGGCCAUGUUUUAUUCUGUAUGUAGAAUGGCCUGGUGAAGUUUAUUAUCGUUUCAAAUAG